AUGGAUUAUCCCGUUGUUUUAAAAACAUGAACACAUAAAAUUCUUCAUAAUUUCACAUAUUUGUAUCAUUUUUAGUCUUCAAAAUGGCAACUAGAAGUUUGACGGAGGUUUACAUACUGAUGAGAAAUAACGCUCUUCAAAAUAGACACAUAUUUUUGGACCAGGGAAAUGAUGACAGAGCGUCGCUUAUUACAAGCUCGGGUGACCUUGAAAUGGGAUUUUCAAAAAGCAAUAGACUACCUCCAGAAUGGAUAGAUGGAGUAGAGGAAAUACAGUUUGAGAUUACUAGGAUUAAGCUGAAAAUGCGUGACCUGGCGAGCUUACAUGACAAACAUCUUAAUAGACCAACCCUUGAUGACAGUAUAGAUGAGGAGCAUGCAAUAGAAAUACAGACACAAGAAACCACACAGAUGUUCAUGAGAUGCCAAAGACUAGUCCAGAAGAUAAACUCUAGAUCAAACCAGGGUACAACACAAGAAAGAAAACUAUCACAAAAUAUUGUGUCCUCAUUAGCUAGGACUUUACAAGAACUCUCUACAAACUUUAGAAAAAGCCAAUCAGCGUAUUUACGGAGAUUAAAAGGCCGUGAGGAAAGAUCUAAGCAGUAUUUUGACCUGCCUGGGAAUUCCAUGGGGACGUCAGGGUUGGAUGAUGGUCCUGAGGAAACACUGUUUGACAGGGGUUUUACGGAGGUGCAACUACAAGAAGUGGAUGAUAACACACAACUUAUACAGCAACGAGAACAAGAAAUAAACAAUGUGGUGAAAUCCAUCACUGAACUAAAUGACAUUUUCCGAGAUAUGGCUUCUAUGAUAGUCGACCAGGGAACAAUAUUAGAUCGUAUAGACUAUAAUAUAGAAAGUACAGCUACUACUGUGGAAAAGGGACUACAACAAUUACAAAAAGCUGAAAAAUAUCAAAAGAAAAAUAGGAAAAUGCUAGUCAUAGUUGUACUAGCUGUUGUGAUCAUAGUUAUGUUAAUUAUUUUAAUAGGAGUCAAAUCAAGGUAGCAUAAUCCAUAGAAAUACAAAUGCAUGUAGGUUGAAUACAGGCCACAGGCCCAUAGCCAGGGUUGGGGGUUCAGGGGGUUCGAGUGAAAAGUGAGCCCCCUUGGCAAAUCUUGGCUAUGUGCAUGAGCCAGGUUGACUCAGGCUCUGUUGGGGUCACAUUCUUCAGAUCGGAUAUUCAAAUGUUAAAAUAACAACAGGGCCAAAUUGAAGUUUAAUCACUACCCCUCUGGGCCUCAGGGUCAGUGUGUUCUCAAAUAUUACGUAAUGAACGAACCUGAUUUCCUGUUCUGGAAUAUAGCCUGACUCCAUAU